CACAAAGUAGAGAUUUCUACGCACACAGCGAGAAACCAACUUCAAGGCUGUGCCCGGACCCAGAGCUGAAACAACAUUGUUGAUGAAUGCACAGUUCCACCUGUUGGUACUCACACACGCCGCUGAUACCGCUAGGCCACUGGCCCAUUGAGUCUUUGAGGUAUAAAAUGUAUAGUUCUGAAGACGAGCCAAACAAGAUUCUUGCAUCGGCCAGUGCCCGAGAUGAAAAGCCUUUCGAUUUUUUACGUGUUUUAUUUGAGGGUGCUGUAGCCGGAGGUGCUGCUGGUGUUGUUGUCGAAGCAGCUUUAUAUCCAAUCGAUACGAUAAAAACUCGACUUCAAUCAGUUCGUGGUGGGGGGAAAAUUAUAUUGAAGGGUCUCUAUUCUGGAUUGGCUGGAAAUCUUGCUGGGGUCUUACCUGCAUCGGCCAUAUUUGUUGGUGUAUAUGAACCCACAAAGCAGAAAUUGCUGAAGAGCUUCCCUGAAAACUUAAGUGCCUUGGCUCAUUUGACUGCAGGUGCUGUUGGAGGGGCUGCUUCUUCUAUUGUUCGUGUACCAACGGAGGUUGUUAAGCAAAGGAUGCAGACUGCAGAAUUUUCUUCGGCCCCACAUGCUGUCCGCCUCAUUGUUGCCAAGGAGGGUUUCAAAGGCCUUUAUGCGGGAUAUGGCUCCUUUUUACUGCGAGAUUUGCCUUUUGAUGCUAUCCAGUUUUGCUUAUAUGAACAACUCCGGAUGGGGUAUAAGCUAGCGGCACGAAGGGAUCUCAAUGAUUCUGAGACUGCUAUGAUUGGUGCUUUUGCAGGUGCAAUCACUGGAGCUAUAACAACUCCUCUUGAUGUCAUAAAAACUAGAUUAAUGGUUCAGGGGUCAGCAAACCAGUACAAAGGUAUAUUUGAUUGUGUUAGGACUAUCAUUAGAGAAGAAGGGACUCCUGCUCUUCUAAAGAUGGUGCUUGGUGCUUGGUGCUUGUCGGAAUCGGAAUUGGAAUCGGAACAAUAUAGCUUCUUAAGGGAAUGGGGCCGAGAGUCCUGUGGAUAGGUAUUGGAGGUUCAAUUUUCUUUGGUGUUCUUGAAAGGACAAAGCAGGUGCUUGGCCAGAGAAGUCCUGUGCCUCGGAACUCAAAUUCUGUCAAGUUGAAUUAAAAUCAUAUUUAGAUGAUUUUAUGUUCGAAUUCGUUUUCCUCUACCUACCCUCGAUUUCAGCAGUAGUCUUCAAAUUUGUUUUUCUAUGUCCCUCCCUGCUUGCAAUCUAUCACAGGAGGAAAAUAGGAGCUUUAUAUCUACCCUUCUACGUUUUACUCCUUUGUUACAUGCCGUUUUGAAUGACAACCUCAUAAUCUAUUGAAACCUAAGGUUUUAGGUAUUCGUUGCAGUUAAAAAGAAUGGGUGCUUCAUGUCGGUUUUUUCCUCCAGCACGAGCCCUACUUUUGAAGCACCAUCCUUUAUUUUUCUUAUUGUAUCCAACUAAUGGAUUCAUUACCCUAUUUGUUGCCCCACCGGUGCUUCAAGCAACACAUUCUGUUAAAAUUGAGAAGUCUUUGUACUAUUGAUGACAUUUUCUAUGAUUGCUUUGUUGGAA